CUGGCAGAUGCCCUUGCUUCCAGACCGGAUGGCACACUUCCUGGCCAACCCCUACCGAAUCCUAGAAAUCAUAAGGAGGGGUUGCACGCCAUUACACUGUGAAGUGGGACUGUGACUGCGGAUGCACCGCAGAAGAGUGCCAAGAAGGUGAACCAGAUCACCCCAGAGCCGGAAGAAGACCUGGUGAUGGAAAAGGAGCCAGAGGAUCAAGCUCCAAAGCCACAACUGGUAGUUGCUGAAUACAAGCCUAAGCUCCCUUUUUCCACCAGGAUUCACAAAGACAGGCUAGAGGCAGAGUUUGGCAACUUCUCGUCCAUGCUAAGGAAGCUGCAUGUUCAAGUGCCCUUCAUGGAGGCACUAUCUUAGAUGCCUAAGUAUGCGAAUUUCCUGAAGGAGCUUCUCUCGAAGAAGCGAAGGCUGAGCGAGCUGGCCACUGUGGAGCUCAGCGAGGAGUGCUCGGCCAUUCUGGAGAACAAGCUUCCGCAGAAGCAGAAGGACCCAGGUAGUUUUACUAUCCCGUGCUCUAUAGGUAAAUUGCAUGUAGAGAGGUCCUUGGCGGAUCUAGGUGCUAGUAUUAAUGUGAUACUAUAUAAAUUGUUCAAGAAACUAGGCCUAGGUGAACCCAGUGUAACUAGGAUGAGUAUCCAACUAGCUGACCGAUCUAUAGUUCAUCCUAGGGGCAUAGUGGAAGACCUUCUGGUUAAGGUUGGCAGAUUCUUUUAUCCUGUGGAUUUUGAUGUCUUGGACAUCAAUGAGGACACAGAAGUGCCCCUUAUACUGGGAAGGCCUUUCCUGACCACCUCCAAGGCUCUUAUAUAUGUACAUGAUGGGACCAUAGUCUUGAGGGAUGACGAGGAGCGAAUAACAUUUUCCAUUGCUAAUACUUUCCGCCUUUGCAUGUUGUUUCUCACCAGGAGCACGAGUCUGUCGUGUCUCCUUCUGUGCUUCCCAUUUUGCAGGCCCCCUCUCAUAUUUUCACCGCCACUCCCGUCCACCCCGUCACCAAAGGAAAAGAUCAAGGAGGAGUGGCGGCCGAAACUGCAGGUAGCUAAGCCUGCUUGAUAGACCAUUAAUUACACAUGUUUUUACCCUUAUUCUUUAGCCGUUUGAGACAUUGAUUCUCGUGUUUAAGCCAAAUUCACGCUAGGUUGUGCGUUUAUGUCAUAUUUCAGAGCUUAGCGUUGGCAUCGAGGCGAAGGAACGAGAUAUGGGUCGAAAGGAGCAAGUGAGGUUUGAAGUGUGCUGGAGAACAAAAAUGCCUGGCCAUGAUCAGAAAUACCCGGCCGGGUAUUAUUUGGCGAUGACCGGGGAUCUGAAGCUUUGGGCGUCUUUGAGAAACAGAAGGGGGCCCGGGCAGGAGGCAAAAAUCCCCGGUCGGGGAUUCUUGGCCAUGACCGGGGAUUUUCCCUGGUCACCCGACGGUGCGUUUUGCACAUACCCGGUCCCCACCCAAAAUACCUGACUGGGUAUUUAGGCCGGGGAUCGCGACAGACAGCUUCUUAAGGGAAAAGAAGGCUAAAAUCAAGGGUUUUGAGUUUUAGAGAGAUAGAGCGAUUCCUAGAGAGAGAAAGCGAAGAACCAGAGUUCCCAAGUGCCCUAGCUUGAUCUUCAUCACUAUUGGAGCCCGGCUUGAGCUUGGAUAAGUGCCGAUCGACAACCAGGAGCAUAAAUCCAUCCUUCACAGUAUGGUUUCCGCAUCUGAAUCUGCUUUUGCUUCUCUCUCCAUGGAGUAGUUUUCCAUUCAUCUGGGUAUGGAGAACCCUAGAUUUGUAUGUUAGGUCUGAUUGUAUGAACCCAAGUACAGAUUUGAUGAUUUGAUUAUAUUCAAUUGAAGUUUGAAUGAUUGAAUGGCAUGAAUCCUGAUCAAAUUCAUGUUGUUUGUGCUUUGACCUAGAAAGAGAAUAUCUGCCUAGGUUGAUAGAGCACCCUUAAUUGAAGGUAGUGAAUUGGCGACUUUAGUCGAGGAGCCAAUUCACUAUUUUGUACCGAAGUUACUUCGGUAAUGGAGGUUUUGUUCGUUAGGGCCUCAAUCUGUUUACUCCGGUGGAGGUUAGUCACCCGCUGGAGACUCAGAUUGAGAGGGUCUGGAGACCUUUAGUCGAGACUUCAGACUGCUUAAGAACCUCCCGAAGUAUAACUAUCAUUAAAACUGAACUUGGUAAAUUGCAAUCCGGCUUGACUGCAAUCUAGGGGGAACCAUAUCCGGGUGACCUCUCUCGACUUGAAACAACCGUUUAAUUGCUUGCCUUACUUGUUUGCAUGUUUGAACUUGCUCUAAAGUUUCACCGCUAGAUAAUAAGAAUUCACUGAGUAG